GGGAUGAGUGCGGUGGGCUCUGUCCCGCAAGGUGAGACCAGGAAGGGGAACCCACGACGAUGAGCCUGGAGUGCGGCGGGUCGUUGAAUGCAUCACCAGGUGCCACAUCAGCUGUACACCAACCCAGCUAAGAACUACCUCCAAGAACACACUGUCCGCUCUCAGAUUGGGUUCCUUAGUUAUGCAUCUUCAGUGGUGUUGAAUGACUUACCAUCACAUUGUAAGAUGGUUUCUCUGCAAAGGAAAGAGCUGCAGGCACGGAUUCUCAGCUCAGAAGAAGAGGAGAAACUGAAAAGAGACCAGAUCGUAAUAUCUGAUUUUAAACAGCAAAAGUUGGAGAAAGAGGCGCAGAAGAAUUGGGAUCUUUUUUACAAGAGAAAUAGUACUAAUUUUUUCAAAGAUCGACACUGGACCACCAGAGAGUUUGAGGAGCUAAGAUCGUGUAGGGAGUUUGCAGAUCAAAAGUUGAUUAUACUUGAAGCUGGCUGUGGUGUUGGUAAUUGUUUAUUCCCUCUUUUGGAAGAAGAUCCCAAUAUCUUUGCCUAUGCCUGUGAUUUUUCUCCAAGAGCAGUAGAGUAUGUCAAGCAGAAUCCUCUCUACAGCACCGAAAGAUGCAGGGCAUUCCACUGUGACCUGACGAAAGACGACCUUCUGGAGCACGUCCCCCCGGAUUCAGUGGAUGUGGUUACGCUGAUAUUUGUGCUCUCAGCUGUGCACCCAGAGAAGAUGCCCCGUGUCUUACAGAACAUUUACAAGGUACUGAAACCAGGUAAAAGUGUGUUGUUUCGCGACUAUGGGCUCAAUGACCACGCCAUGCUCAGGUUUAAAGCCGGCAGCAAGCUUGGAGAGAAUUUCUACGUGCGCCAGGACGGAACCAGAUCAUAUUUUUUCACCGCCGAAUUCCUGGCGCGACUCUUCAGGGAUGCAGGUUAUGAAGAAGUGGUGAACGAGUACAUGCUUCGGGAGACCGUGAAUAAGAAGGAAGGCCUGUGUGUCCCCAGAGUUUUCCUACAGAGCAAGUUCCAGAAGACGCUGAAGAACCCCCCUCACUCCCAAGACCCCUGAAUCCCAAGUCUGAACCUUUCGCAGGGCUGAGGUGGUGCCUUCCCUUGAGAUGUUGAAAGUCACUCUCGAGUUGAAUAUUUUUUUAUAUUGUAAUUCUUGAAAUGAAUGUAUGUGAUUUUUUUGUAUUAUUAAAUAUCAAGCAAAUG